AUCAGUAGGCGACGGGAAGGUUGAAAGUCCAAAGUAAAGGAAAAAAACCCUCACGCGAGAGAUGGCAGAAGAGACGGGCCGGGCCCUUUAACGUAGGACGUCGCCUCUUGAGACUGCCCUGCUCGUUUGCCUGGCGUAUUGCACCGGCUUCCACCUCCGGGCGAGGGGUUUGAAGACCGAGGGGAGAGGGAGUGUAACGGUGCCGUGCGGGAGGGGGGCCAGCUGGACGCCCGCCGGGCAUCCAAGGGGCUGGGCCAGACCUCAGCGAUCAGGCGGGGCUGCCGGCGUCGGAGGGGGGAGCUGUGGCCAUGGCUGGCGGCUCCCCAGCGGGCGCGGAGUCCCGGCAGCUGAGGCGAGGCCCGGCGUCGAGCUGAAGAGGCUGAGGCCUCUCCUCGCCUCCCCUUCUGCCCUCCUCAGCCCGCUCUCCCCCGCCGAGAGGAGAAGCCUUCGCUCUGCUCCGCUCCCGUCGCGUCGUUCCCUGGCUGGGCGGGCAUGAGGCGGCGGCUCGGCAGCGGCGGAGGCGGCAGUGCCGGCGGCCACGCGCACACGGGCUCGGGGGAGCGGCGCCCGGCCUAGCGCGGACCCCGACAGGCACCCCCUCACCGCCCGGCCUGACGUGGGGGUGGCGGCGGCGGCGGAGAAUGUCGGAGGAGCCCGACGCGGACAAGAUGAUCAAGGAAACCUCUAUUUUAGAAGAGUACCACAUUAACUGGACGCAAAAGCUGGGAGCAGGAAUCAGCGGUCCAGUAAGAGUCUGUAUGAAAAAGUCGUCUCAGGAGCGGUUUGCACUGAAAAUUCUUCUUGAUCGCCCAAAAGCUAGAAAUGAGGUCCGGCUGCACAUGAUGUGUGCAACUCAUCCCAACAUUGUUCAGAUCAUCGAAGUGUACGCCAACAGUGUGCAGUUCCCCCACGAGUCGAGCCCAAGGGCUCGGCUUCUAAUUGUAAUGGAGAUGAUGGAAGGGGGCGAACUCUUUCACAGAAUCAGCCAACAUCGGCACUUUACUGAGAAGCAAGCAAGCCAAGUAACAAAGCAGAUCGCCUUGGCUUUGCAACAUUGUCAUUCUCUAAACAUUGCUCAUCGAGACCUCAAGCCUGAGAACCUUCUUUUCAAGGAUAAUUCUUUGGAUGCCCCAGUGAAGCUGUGUGACUUUGGAUUUGCCAAGGUUGACCAGGGGGACCUGAUGACCCCUCAGUUCACUCCCUACUAUGUAGCACCUCAGGUUCUGGAGGCACAAAGAAGACAUCAAAAAGAGAAAUCUGGUAUCAUCCCUACCUCGCCAACACCUUACACUUACAAUAAGAGCUGUGACUUGUGGUCCCUUGGCGUCAUCAUUUACGUGAUGCUGUGUGGUUACCCACCUUUUUACUCCAAGCACCACAGUCGGACAAUUCCCAAAGACAUGCGGAAAAAGAUAAUGACCGGGAGCUUCGAGUUUCCAGAGGAAGAGUGGAGCCAGAUCUCCGAAAUGGUGAAAGACAUUGUGCGCAAGUUGCUGAAGGUAAAGCCAGAGGAAAGACUGACAAUAGAAGGUGUUCUGGACCACCCUUGGCUGAACUCUACAGAGGCUCUCGAUAACAUUUUGCCCUCUGCUCAGCUAAUGAUGGACAAGGCGAUGGUUGCUGGAAUUCAGCAGGCCCAUGCGGAGCAGCUGGCGAGCAUGAGAAUCCAGGACCUCAAAGUCAGCCUCAAGCCCCUCCACUCCGUCAACAACCCAAUCCUGCGCAAAAGAAAACUGCUGGGAACAAGACCAAAGGACGGCGUGUACAUCCACGAUCCCGAGAACAGCAGCGAGGACUCCAAUGUGGCUCUGGAGAAGCUCCGAGACGUGAUUGCCCAGUGCAUUCUGCCACAGGCUGGUAAAGGUCAUAGGCUCUAAGACAACUGGGUUUGGGGGGUCAAGAGGCUGAAUUCCUGGUCCUCAACUCUUCUUCCAACAUUUUAGAGCUUCUGCUUUUUUUCAAGAGGCACAGACUCCCAAUGGCAGACCUGAAGGGGAGGAAAUUUGGGCGUGGUACUGAUAUAAGGGUGCCAUUUUAGAGGUGCCUUUUUCCUCUUUGCACCUCUGAUUUCCAUUUCUCUCACA